CAGCUCUUCAGCAGCCUCUGAAUCACAGACACCACCGACUCUACGCGGAUUUUGCUCCAUAAAAGCGCGUCCCUUGAAACCGCAACCUCGAUAUCCAAUAGCUGUGUGUGUUGUUUAAAAGAAAAGAUCGUGAUAAAUUAAAAACGGACCGGUUUGAGGUAAAAAAGGGGCGUCUGCGCACAUCAGCAGCCGUUAGCGGUCUGAGCUAGCUGCAUCGCGCGACGCAUCUCGCCCGCGAGACGUCGGGCUGAAUAACCGUGCGCGUUAUUAUCAUCAUCACCCACAUCAAUUAAACUGAACGGUGCAUCAGGAUCGCAGCGGGUUCGGCGGAGCUGUCCGGCUCUUGCUUGCACUGCGGGCCUGGGUGUGGGUGCGGAGAAUGCUAAAGGAUGAGUCAGAGGGACACCCUGGUUCAUCUGUUUGCUGGAGGCUGCGGUGGCACCGUAGGUGCAAUACUGACAUGUCCGCUGGAGGUGGUGAAGACGAGGCUGCAGUCUUCUUCGGUGACUCUUUACGUUUCAGAGGUUCAGCUCAGCACUGUGAAUGGGCCCAGCGUGGCCCGCAUGUCCCCACCGGGGCCCCUGCACUGUCUCAAGUUAAUACUAGAGAAAGAAGGUCCUCGCUCACUCUUUAGGGGGCUUGGGCCCAACUUGGUGGGAGUGGCUCCAUCCAGAGCAAUUUAUUUUGCUGCCUACUCCACAGCCAAAGAGAAGCUGAACAAUGUUUUUGAUCCUGACUCCACACAGGUGCACAUGCUGUCCGCUGGUUUAGCAGGGUUCACUGCCAUCACAGCAACCAACCCGAUCUGGCUUAUAAAGACUCGAUUGCAGCUCGAUGCCAGGAACCGUGGAGAACGGCGUAUGAGUGCAUUUGAGUGUGUCCGGCGGGUCUAUCAGUCAGAUGGGUUACGGGGAUUCUACAGGGGCAUGUCUGCUUCUUAUGCUGGCAUAUCAGAGACUGUCAUCCACUUUGUCAUCUACGAAAGCAUUAAACGCAAACUCAUUGAGUCCAAGGCCAACGCUAACAUGGAUGACGAAGAUGAAUCUGUAAAAGAUGCUUCGGACUUUGUCGGAAUGAUGCUGGCUGCUGCCACAUCCAAGACUUGUGCCACCUCAAUUGCUUAUCCUCACGAGGUUAUUCGUACCAGACUACGUGAGGAGGGCAGCAAGUAUCGUUCGUUCUUCCAAACUCUAAGUAUGGUGGUCCGGGAGGAGGGUUACAGAGCACUGUACCGAGGCCUCACUACUCACCUGGUCCGACAGAUCCCUAAUACCGCUAUAAUGAUGUGCACCUAUGAGCUGGUGGUCUACCUGCUCAAUGGUUAACAGAUGAAGAGAGACAGGAAAGAGAGGGAGAGAGACAGCGAGAGAGAUGAACAGGGUGAGAAAGCAAAAGCUAGAUGGAGACAGAGAGAGAGAUUGUCCCAGGCUUAGACCAAAGGAAGUAGAACAAAUCCUAGAAACGCAAUGUCAACUCAGGCCCCCCAGAAGGGGGGAUAAAGUCUCUGAGAACCAGAGGGAUUCAAGCCUGUCAGACUGGAGAGCGUUUCCAAAAAGUAUAAGCGAUGGUAAACAGAUACGCUACAGCUGUCUGUCCAUUCGUUUCAAAAUGUUUUACGAAAAGUCCGUUUUGAAAGGACAAUCAAAGAGGAGAAUGCUUGAAGAAAAAACAAAAGCCUGAAUCGGCUCGAAAAAAUAAAUGCUCUUAGCAAAAUCAUUUUAUCUGAGCCAUUGUUUUAAUAAAAGAAAAACAAAUCUGUCAAGAUCUGAAAUGACUGAAGGUCUUUGAAGGAGGAAAAAAGAAGCACAAGAAAGUGUUUUUUUUUUGUUUUGUUUUUUUAGAUGUGACACAAUAGCACUGCUGUAAAGGAUGUUUUUCUUAGUUCACAGUUUCAUAAAGACGUCGUUUCGCCUUUCCAGAAUUUGUUAAUUCAAGCAUUCUCCUCUAAAGGUCACCUUCCACUCUUUCCAAACUGGCAGAUGGUGGUCCGCGCACAAAUGUCCAUUUGCUGUUGUUGAAUUGACGGUCACGCGAUCUGUGGCCCCUCAUGUGCUUCAAACUGAAGUGUUUCUUCGUUAGGUUCAUGUUAAGUUUAACCAUACUUAUUUCGUGUGUGUUUUUUCGAUGAUCAUACCGUUGUCCUGAUUAUCAGUAUAGUAUAUACGUCGGGGUGGUAUUUUUCGAAUUGGGAGAUAUUGUCCUGCUCGCGUCACUGGGCCUGAUUGAACUGAGAUGGAGCGUUCUCGACUUUAUCGCCACCGUUCGCUGCUGAAUGGUAGUGGCUAAUGCUAACCCUGAGCAUGUUGCCUACAAACAACAUGCCACGUCGUGACGACAUUAUUCGUCGUAAGGCAAUAGUCAUUUUUCCACUUGAGUGGGAAUACAAGCUGCAGAAUUGUUCCAACCCUACGGAUUCCUCUAACAGUGGCUUCUGACUGACCGUUUAUGCACUUUGUGGCCUGUCUGGGCUUGCGCAAAACUUUUUUUCUUUUGUUUAGAACAAUUUUGAUCUUGUAUUGUAAAGCAUAGUAUUACUAUGUAAGCAAGACAGUGUUUUGCUGAACCGUUCCCUUUGGAAGUUAUUGUACAGUUCAGUGUACUAAACUUUUAGUGAAGGAUAUUCUUGUAUGUGUAUAUUCUAUAUGUAUGCAUAUCAAAUAUCCAGUGUUCAUAACUUAAGUCCUCUGAUUAUGCAGUAGUAUUAUUUGAAUGACUGCAUAUGUUUGAUAGAUUCAUCACAGAAGGAUGUUGUGAAACUCAUUUGGUUGAAUGUUUGUUUUUUUUUUUUUUUUUAUGCAUUUUAUAUCUUUUGUUUAUCACUCCUCAUUCUGGCCCUGGACUCGUUGCUUGAAAAGGAGUCACUUUUUUAUUUUUAUUUUUUAUUUUUUUUUGUCUGUCCGAGUGUUUUCAUCUGGCUUAAUUGUUUACAUUACUGUUGUCUGUACUUUCACACCCUCAUGAUAUGAAGGAUCUCAAACUGUUAGUGUUUUACACGUUAUCCACAUCAUUUCCACAGACAGUUCGGACCUUCAGACAGGGCUUAAAAUUAUAAUUUUCGGUAAUCAAUAUUACCUCAUAUUGAUAGAUACCAACAUGAGGUAAUAUUAAAACAAAGAUGUAAGUAACCCUGAAAA